UUUCGGUUCUUUUUGAGCGAGCAGUGCUGCACAGUUGGUUCAGCACAAUAGAGUUCUUUGUAGGCUUUAUAUCUUCGUCAUCUGACCUGAACUCCCUGUGGUUUCUGUACCGCGCAGCUAGCUGGAUACACGGUGACAAAAGUUUUGUCAAGGUCUGGUUGAAAUAGCCUACUUACAAUCGGGUGCAUACUGUCCCGAUUGUCGCCUACACGAGAACCGUUGGAUCAAACUACCAACAAUGCUGUUUUCACGGAGGAUUUGCCGUAUGUUGUUUUGCAUUUUCGUAGCAUGCCGUUUUGUAACGUUAAAAGCAGCUUUUGAAGUUAAAGCCCCCAAUUCAGAAAUAGUGGGAGUGCAUGGGCAGCCAACGCUUUUAGGGUGCUGGUACACCCCGAAUUCUGGUCUGAAUGGCCUGGUGAUCACCUGGCAGAGGGUGGAGGACUCCCAGGUGGUGCACAGCUUCUACUACGGGAAGGAUCAGCUUGACCGACAGAGCCUCCAGUACUACAACCGCACCAGGCUGCUUCCCACUGAGCUCGUGAACGGAAACGCAUCUCUCGCUCUGGCACAGGUCCGGCCAGAGGACGCAGGCCGCUAUCUGUGCUCUGUGAGCAGUCUGCAAGGGUCGGACAAGGUAGAGGUCCAGCUCAAAUUUGCAGCUUUCUACACAGAGCCCCGACUCACUGUGCAGAUCCAUCCUACUAACAUCAGUUUCCAGUAUGAGAGCAAGGGCUACCCAGAACCAGAGGUCUGGUGGGUGGACCCAGAGGGCCAGAACCUCUCUCACCACAUAGAGGUCUCCCCCGUGGAAGGAGAUGAUGGGCUUUUCUUCCUGCAAACUCACCUGGAGGUGGACCAUAGCCAUGAUGUAAACUACACGUUCACCCUGAAGAACCGGCUUAUUUACCAAGUCAUUGAGAGGCCUGUGUCCUUUAACACUGCUGGCCUUGGAUACUGCACCUACUGCCCCAGAGACAGACUGGCUCUCCUGGUUCCUGUUUCCGUAGCUGUACUUCUAGCGAUUUUAUUAGUCAUCUCAUUUUGGUGCCAUUGGAAGAAAUCGUGAUUGAAUCUCAGAGGAAAGCCAGUUGUUCUUACUUCAGUGAAUAUAACAAGCCAGUAGUUAAUCCAGCCAUGGCUUCAAGCUUCAUUUGAUUGAAAAAAUGUAUGUUCAGCUCUGACCUCAAAUAUAAAUAGACUCCUUUUCCUGCUGACUGAGGAACACAGAAGUUAAAAUGGCAUAACUGAAGGACAUCAGUAUAAACUAUAUCAAUAAUAUGGUUAGGUCUUAUUUAACUGGCAGAACAAAAAUCUCGUGUCUCAUUUUACCAGUCCAGAGUGGUAUCGUAGAGUAGAAUACCAUAGGGAUCCUUUAUAGCUUGUAACCAAAACUAAUACAACACAAGAACAAGUGUUGGGCUAUGUUCAGUACCAGUUCAUUUUUGGCGGGACCGCAACAGCGGGGCCAGGCCUACAAACGCGAAUGUGACCGAGUGAGUGACUGAGUGACUGAGUGAUGAAGUUACACCAUUGGUCGGCCGGAUCAGGUGUGUCAUGACAACCGAAUAAACAACAUACAUAAUCACAGCUGUAACCCAAGUCACAGGACGCAAAAUAGCCGUUAGGGAAGCAGGUUGAAAUUAUGAAGCAACGUCUGCGCCAUUGGUUUUAGUGGGUCGCAAUGAGAUAAUUCCGAGCGUGUUGCUUGUCUUAAAGUUGAUAUAGUAAA